AUGGCUCAAAAACAAGAAACUUCUUCUGCUUCUUUUAUGUCAAAAUACAGUUAUGAUGUUUUUCUUAGUUUUCGUGGUCCAGAUACCCGUUUUGGUUUCACUGGUAAUCUUUACAGUNCUUUGAGUCAAANNGGAAUCUUUACCUUCAUNGAUGAUGAAGCUCUCAGAAAGGGAGAAGAGAUCANACCUUCUCUUCGCAAGGCAAUCCAAGAAUCCAGGAUAUCCAUCAUUNUUUUCUCCAAAANCUAUGCUUUCUCAACUUUUUGUUUGNACGAACUUCUCCAUAUCAUUCAGUGCCACAAAAAUCAGAACAUGUGGAUUUUGCCUGUGUUUUAUGACCUAGAGCCAUCUCAAUUGCGAAAUCAAACAGGGAGUUACCAAGAAGCAUUUGAAAAGCAUGCUGAAAGAUUCAAAGAUGACAUUCAGAAGCUUCAANAAUGGAGGCUGGCUUUGNGUCANGCUGCUNAUUUNNCUGGUUUGCAUUUCAAAACUGGUGAANNGUAUGAGUCUGAGAUAGUGAAAAAGAUCACAGAAGAGNUCUCCACUAANCUUAAUCGACCUCCCUUGCAUAUUGCUGAUUAUCCUGUNGGNUUGAAAGNUCGGAUGNAACAGAUACAAGAACUCAUGGGUGGUGAGUUUGAUAAGAAAGUGACCAUGCUUGGGAUUCAUGGAAUGGGAGGAAUAGGAAAAUCAACUCUUUCACGUGCCAUGUACAACUUGAUGGCACAUCAAUUUGAAGCUUCGCACUUUCUUGCUAAUGUCAGGGAAAAAUCAGANAAGGAUGGUCUGGUGCAUAUCCAAGAGACAAUGUUGUCUGAGCUGGUGGGGGAAACAAAUAUCAAGUUAGGAGAUGUGCAUCGAGGAAUUCCAAUACUACAACACAGACUUUGUGGGAAAAAGGUCCUCCUUGUGCUUGAUGAUAUUAGCAGAAAAGAACAAUUGCGAGCAACUGCUGGAGGACUUGAUUGGUUUGGCCCUGGUAGCAUCAUCAUCAUAACAACAAGGGAUAAGCAUUUAUUAGAUGUUCAUGGAGUUCAAAAACAGUACAUGGUUGGUGAAAUUAACUUUAAGGAAGCCCUUGAACUGUUUAAGUGGAAUGCUUUCAAGAACAAAGAAAUUGAUCCAUCUUACAAGGAAGUCACAAAGCGUGCAAUGUAUUAUGCCAAUGGCCUUCCGUUGGCUUUGGAAACGAUAGGCUCGAACUUGUUUGGCAAAACCUUGAAUGAAUGGGAAUCUGCGUUAGAAACUUAUGAGAGAAUUCCAAAUAGAGAUAUUCAGGAAGUUCUUAGAGUUAGCUAUGACAGUUUGGAUGCUUAUGAGAAAGAAAUAUUUCUUGANAUAGCUUGCUUCUUUAGAGGAUGCUCUCUUAGAUACCUUACAAAUUUGCUUGAGGCAAGAGGUUUUCCUCCAGAAUUUGGUCUGAGAGUGCUGGAAGAAAAAUCUCUCAUUAAAAUUCGGAAAUGUUCACAUGAAACUGUGGUAAUGCAUGACAUGAUUCGGUGUAUGGGAAAAGAAAUAGUUAGACAACAAUCAACUCUGCCUCACAAAAGGAAUAGGUUGUGGUUUUACGAGGACAUUGUUUGCGUGUUGGAGAAAAACAUGGAAAAUGAUAAAAUUCAAGCGAUGAUGUUGGACAUGCCAGAACACCAAGAAGAAAUGCAAUGCAUUCCAAAGUUUCAAAAAAUAAAAAGCUUACAGAUGCUUCUUAUAGAAAAGAAUGUUGGCUUUCUUAGAAGCCCUGCUGCUCUGCCAAACAAUUUGAGAGUGCUGGAAUGGCGUGGAUAUCCUGCAACUUCUUUACCGAGUAAUUUUCAUUUCAAGAAUCUUGUCAUACUCAACUUGUCACACAGUUACUUUGGAUGGGACAAACCACUACAGAAUUCAAAGGUUUUGAGACACUUGAUUCUCAGAGGUUGUAUGAAUAUUAGACGAAUACCUGACAUCUCUGGUUUCCCCAAUUUGACAAGAUUUUUUGUUGGUGAAUGCACAAAUCUGUUUGAGAUUCAUGAUUCAGUUGGAUCUUUACUUAAUCUUAAAGAGUUUUGUGCGGAAGGAUGUACCAAGCUCACAAUUGGUCCAAGUCGCAUAAAGUUGAUAUCUUUGGAGCAUCUGUGCCUUCGGGGCUGCAGUAGUCUUCUUAUGUUUCCAGAAGUAUUGGCACCAAUGCACAAAUUAAAACACGUUAACUUGGUAGGAACUGGCAUAAGAAAUCUGCCACUAUCAAUGCAAAAUCUUGAGGGUAUUCAAGUAUUGUCCCUGGGGAAAGGCAAAAUGCUUGAAAUUAAUGAAUCAUCCAAUUUCUUUCAAAACCUGCCAAUGUUCUUUCCUAAUUUGACAAAAUUAUAUUUACGAAACUUAGACAUUACAAUCCUUCCAGCCAGCAUUGAAGAAUGUCACUNUUUGAAAUUUCUGCACGUCACCAACUGCAAGAAGCUUCAAGAAAUUAAAGGACUUCCGUCGAGUAUUAAUGAGUUCUCCGCAGCAAACUCUCCAGUUGAAGCCAACUCUUUGACAUUAAAACUCAGGCAGGCCAUUCAUUCUGCUGCAAUGAGAAUAUUUGUUGUUCCAGGUCUGAAAAUCCCAGAAUUGUUUGACCACUCUAGCAGGGGAAGCUCUGUAAGUUUUUGGUUUCGUAAGGAAUUGCCCACUCUCGCUGUGUGUGCUAUUAUUGGAGUCUGGGAUAAUGUCAAGCCUCCAUUCAUUGCCAGGUAUAAUUUCUUUGUUAGAGUAAAAAAGAAAAUCUCUAAGUGUGUUUCUUGUUUCCGUUGUGGUAAUAUAAAUUGGACAACUGAGGAUAGUCACGUAAUUAUAUUCAACCGUCAAUAUGAUUAUCAACAUCCAUUGAAUUCGGAUAUUCAGAAAGCGCUUUUGACGAAUGAGUGGAUUCCUGGGAAAAUAUUGUUGAGGAUAAAUCCAGAAAAUGAUUCAAGUAAGUUGGGAGAAAUCAGAAGGACAGGAGUUUAUGUCAAUCGAACAUUAAGUAGAAUGGAGGAUGUUCGGUUCGAAAAUCCUUUUGAUCUCUAUAAAGCAACUACUAGGGAAAAUAAACUUGUGGUGCUUGGUGAGGCAUCUGAUACACAAGAACAGGAACAAUCCUCUGCUUUAUUCAACCCCACAACCACAUUAGAAUCUGUUAUUGGUGAACAACCUUUGAAUUAUGAGUACAACAAUUCAGAUUCAACAGAAUCGACAUCCACUGUUGACUCCAAUAACCAAGAUGGAGUACUUGUAGAUGAUCAACCAAUAUUAGCUCCAAGUUCUGCAGAGACGCAAAAUUCCGAGGCCAAAAGAGAAAUCGCACCACUGAUAUCAGAACUUUCAAGUGAGUCCAAUGCUCAUGUAAGUAUGGAAAUUGAGUCAACAGCAUCCCAAUCACCUAAAGUUGAUGAAGUAGAAGCAGGUUUGGAAACUCAGAAUCAGUUCAGAAAUACUAUGAUGGUCUUGGAAAAUAAGAUACAUGAAAAGUUGACCAGGAUUAGGAAAAUGAAAGAAGAAUUAGGAGAGAAACUCAGUGCUAUUAAAGCCGACAUCUCUGCCAUUGAAGCUAACAACUCUUCCAUUAAAGCUAACAUCUCAGACAUUAAAGCUAUAUUUCUGCAGACUGAUCAGAGGAAGAACAACUGAAAUAGAAUUUCUAUGAUGUGAUGGAUGAAAAUAAUAUUAUUUCCAAUUUUUCAGAUUCUAAAAUUUUAAGGUUUGAUGUGAGUUUUGGAUGCAUCUAAGUACAAUGAAGAUAUUAUUUUGACAAUGGAAUAUCGAAAUGCUUAUGAAACACAUAAUAAUUAC